AUGUAGGCUUCACUGAAGUUAUUCUGCCUUGUGGGGUUGAAUUUACUUGUGAGCAUUGCUGGUGGGGUUGAUGGAGCAGGCGAAUGUGGAAAAUCUUCUCCUGACAAUGAAGCACUUAAGCUAGCUCCUUGUGCAGAGGCAGCACAAAAUGAGAAUGCUGCUGUGUCGGAUGGUUGCUGUCUUCAGGUGAAGAGAAUUGGCCAGAACACAAGCUGUGUUUGUGCUGUUAUGCUUUCAAACACUGCCAAAGGAUCUGGAAUCAAGCCUGAAAUCGCCAUUACCAUCCCCAAGCGAUGCAACAUUGCUAGCCGCCCUGUGGGCUACAAGUGUGGAGCUUACAUGCUUCCAUGA